AUGAGUGAGCUGAAGCUCGCUGUGCUGGGCAGUAGAGGAGCUGGCAAGUCUGCCCUAACAGUGAGAUUCCUAACCAGGCGUUUCAUUGGAGAAUAUGCUUCUAAUUCUGAGUGCAUCUACACUAAACAUUUGUGUCUGGAUGGGAGGCAAAUGAACUUGGAAAUUUAUGACCCUUGUUCACAGCCACGACAGGGGAAGCUGUCCCUCACUGAUGAACUCCACUGGGCUGACGGAUUUGUCAUUGUGUAUGACAUCAGCGACAGAGCUUCCUUUGCCUUUGCAAAGGCAUUGCUAUACAGGCUGCGAGAUUCCCACCUGGCAGCUUGCAAAAGAGUGGUAGAGUCAGCUGUAUUCUUAGUUGGUAACAAGCAGGAUCUAUGCCAUAUGAGAGAAGUAGGCUGGGAUGAAGGACAAAAGCUGGCAAUGGAUAACAAAUGCCAGUUCUGCGAACUGUCUGCAGCUGAACAUUGUCAGGAAGUAGUGACCAUGUUCACGAAAGUCCUAAGAACCAUCACCACAAACUUCAAAGUGAAGGAAAAGAGACGACCCAGUGGGUCAAAGUCAAUGGCCAAACUAAUCAACAACAUGUUUGGGAAGAGGAGGAAGUCUGUGUAG